CUUAAAUGCUUCUUUCCACAUGAAAGGUAUCAGAAUUGUGUAUGGAGUCAGUUGACGGAGAUCUUUACUAGGAAUUUUCAUAAAUCCCGACAACGUUACUUGUUUUGUACAAUUGGACGAAUACAGAUUCUAUAUGAUACUACUUCAUCAUCGUUAAAUUUGGCUCUAACGCUGUUCAGAUAAGAAUGGUUGUGUUCUUCUGCGGGACCCUUCAAAUAGUUAUUUUACACUUGUUUAUGAUAACAGAAGCAUUUGAAACUCUCCAUAAGAAAAGCUGGGACAACUGCUUUUUUGGAUUAGCUGAAUGUAAAUGCCAAAAUGUUCCUAACAAUCUGCUGAAAGUCGAUUGUUCUGGACGACAACUCUAUACCCUUCCGGUAUUUAACACCAGUGUGAUAUGGAUAGACCUUAGCAAUAAUGAGAUUUCCAACAUUAGCAGUAGAUUUCCAAGAAAUGUAUCCUACAUUAAUUUGUCUGAUAAUAAUAUUACGGAGCUUGUUAUGCAUCCUUUCCAUGGAUUAUUCAAUCUCAAAACUUUGAAUUUGGAGCGAAAUAUGAUUAAUAUAACAAUGGUGUACAGCGGUCUAUUUGCCGAUCUUACUUCUCUCACUGAGUUGAGUUUAAAAGGUAAUAUACAAGACAAAUUCAAGCCAACAGUGAUUAAAGACGAUGUGUUCUCCGAAUUAAAAUCAUUAAAAACCCUAAAAAUUGACGGACCGGCUAAUGUAACAUUUGGAAAAGGAUUUCAGAGCAUUACCAUGUUGCAAAAACUCGAUUUAUCUGGAAUAACAGGAAAUUGCAAUUUUCAAAGGAUAUCUCAUGAUAUGUUUUUGAAUAUGCCUAAACUCACCUACGUCGAUGUGUCUGCUUGUGAUAUUUUGGAUAUUGAAGAAGGUGCAUUUGGAAAGCUCCAAUAUCUCGAACACCUUGAUGUUUCUCAUAAUAAACAACUCGGAUUUGCAUCACUUCCAAAUAUAACUCAUAACCUAAACAAAACAUCGAUAAAGGUUUUGCGUGGUAAUGGAAUAAAUUGUUUGUCAGGAAUCGGUACAAAGAUUCUAAAACGUCAUUUUGAAAACUUGAAACACACAAACAUUUCCGAAAUCUACUUUGAAAAGAACAGACUAGAGCAACUGGAGUCUGGAGCACUUCGACUGUUGCCAAACACCAUAACAAGCAUUUCGUUUGGAGAAAAUAAACUAACUCAAGGAAGGUAUAUGAUAGAUUUUUUCUUUUUACAAAACAUACGUGUUUAUAACGUAAGUGUACAGCUUCGUCCACCGCCUUUCCCCGAAUCAAUAUUUGAACAAUGCGCGGAAAAAACUGAUGUCCUGCAUGCAAAUAAACAAUAUUUUGACAAUGAAGAUAUUCAGAAAAAAGAAGGAAACAAAUAUGAAUCUAUGAUGAACGAUUUCAUAGGCAGCAAGUGGAAUAAGUUUCAUGCGACCUUUUAUAUUCCAAAAACAAUGGAGGUUUUAUAUGCAAAUAUGAGUCGACUUUACAGAACUAUACCUGAAUUUGGAUUAAAUGCCACUGGCAUAAGAGAAAUACAUGCACAAGACAAUUUUCUGUAUUCAUGGGAUGGACCAGUUCACGGCGUCGAAAACAUAAAGAUUAUGGACCUCUCAAACAAUUUUUGCUCGCACAUUUCAAAAUCGUUCUUAAAAUACGCACGAGGCCUGACGACGUUACGCAUGUCCAAAAAUGAUAUUGGUAAGAGUCUGUCAAGUGAUGUGGAGGGAGAGAUCUUUGAGAACACAGUGUCAAUGGAGGUUCUUGAUUUAUCUUAUAAUAAUAUUGUUGAUCUUUCUGCGCCUAUGUUUAAAAGCAUGGAAAGACUACAAACAUUAAACUUACAGAACAAUCAACUAUCGACAUGGCGUGUGAAAGUGGAUCAUAUGAAAACUAUACAUUUCAUUAACCUUAAACAAAAUAGACUGACAACAUUUGGAAAAGAAGCACAAAUGUCAUUGGCAAAAUUAUUUCAAAUAACAAAUCUUUCCAUCGAUUUAUCGGGAAAUCAGUUUCUUUGCUCUUGUGACAGUGUACACUUUCUGGAAUGGAUUACUGCUUAUCGGAACCGUUUCAUACAUUUUAAACGUUACGAGUGUUCGUCCACAAGCUCACAUAGAUUUAAUUUUUCGGAUGCUGAUAACUCUUUAAAGUUACUGAAGAAGAACUGCAAAUCUUGUCUAGUUAUAUAUAUAGUAACUUCAGUAGCAGUAGCUAUCAUGUUUAGUAUUAUCUUGGGCAUUUUUCUCUUGAAAAAUAAGUGGAAAAUUCGAUACGUGAUUUAUAGAUUCAAACAACGUUUCAAAACAUAUACAGGACAUUCAAUAAUCCCUCAAGCAGACUCUCCUUCUUAUGAAUAUGAUAUUAUGAUUUCAUAUUCUCCAAAACAACUAUCAUUCGUCCUUACCGACGUGAUUCCUCGACUUGAAAACGAGGCUGGUUUUCAGUUGUAUGUCAAGGACCGCGAUGAACCAGCGGGAAUUUCUUGUGGAGAAGCCAUUAUGGAAGCUAUUCAAAAAAGCAAAAGAGUUGUAUGUCUUGUGACAAAAAGUUUUCUAAAAUCCACAUGGCAAGACUACGAAUUAAAUAUGUCAAGGAUGGAAGCUAUCGAGGACAGAGAAAAUUUGAAUUUUGUCCACUUAAUCCUAUUUCCUGAUGUUUGCAAUGGAUCUAUUUCCAUUCAAACCUUAGAUCUCGUUAGACAAGAAUGUUUUUCCGAGUAUCCAGAGGAAGAGUGUGCGUUUGAUGAUUUUUGGGAAACAUUGAUAUCCCAUAUAAAAAAACUCAACCGACAUUAAAUUGAUAAGCUCUAUUUUUGUUUCUUUAUUGUGUGUGUGUGUGUUUCGUUGUAUUUAUAUUUAUACUUGUUUGUAAUUAUAUUGAACUAAAAUUGCACACAGCUUAUGAAAACGAAGAGUGUAGAAUUAGUGGACCAAGUUAAAAAAAAAAAGAAGAAAGUAUCAAUUUAUGAUAUGUACGGAAAUUUUGAAAUAUUUUUUUUAUACUGUCAUCAAACAGUUAAACAUGUAUGAACGAUUAUCUCUUUAAUGAAUCACGUCAUUAAGGGAGAUGCGAAACAGGUUGAUUCCCCCCUUUUUAAAAAACAUUGAGCAACACAUAAACACCUUAAGUUUCAUAAUGUCGUUUCAAUAAAUGAUUCUUUAAGCGGUGUCUGUUUGAAAUCAGUUUAAAAAUUAUGCCUCUCUGACUCUCAGCCUUGAAGGAUUUUUUCAUCAUUAGAAUG